AUGACAUCUUUGACGAGAUAAAUAAGAACCUUUUUAAAAUAGAUAGAUUUAUUUAGCAUACCUGUUCCAGUGUUAACAACUGAUGCUAAGUCUUAGUAUUCAAGUUCCUAUAGUGGACUUAUUUCAAUUAUCGCAUCAGUGCUCAGUAUAGCUUACUUUGUUUACGUAAUUUAAGAGUGGGCCAACGGUAAUAUUCCUCCAACAAUUACAACUAAUUAAUAAGCUUAAGCUUACUCUGAAUAAGUUUUGGAAGAUAAUUUUAUUUAGUUCAGAUCAAAUGAUCCAUCAAAUCAUGAUCCUUUUAAACGGAAAAAUAACAUAAUUACUCCCUUAUUAUUUACUGUGGAAAAUUAUAAGAUUAUAACUGCUCCUACUCCAUUAUUCAGCGAUGAAAAUUAGCCAUUCACAGUGGGAUUAAAGAAGGGGACAUUGGUAGUAAAUAAUUUGAAUGACCAAAUUGAUGACUAGUCGUACAAGCCUUCGAAAAAUUAUUUAUUGAUAUUUAUUGAAUGUUUAGACUAAUAUUUAGAUGAAAAUAGUAAUUGUGCAAGUCAAGAAGAAAUUGAUUAAUAUAUGUCAGAGUAUCAUGGAUUUUUGGCUAUUAUUAUGAAGUUGGAGUAAUAUAACUAUAAAAAGGAUCAAAAAGAAUAUAUAAUAAAGUAAGCAUUUCAAGCGCUUUCACCGGCCUAUAUUCAAUAUACUUAAAUUUCAAUAUAGCAAAAAGAGAUUAAUAUUGAUAAUGGCCUGUUAUUUGAAAAUUAGAUUAAUCAUAACUUAAUUAAUGAUUUCUAAAUAAUUAAUUAAUCGAUUGAUAAUCAGUAUAUAUAAAAUAUAGCUUCGUCAUUUUCAACUUAGAAAUUUGAGUUAAAUGCUAUUUUCGCAUAUUAAAUAAGCAUCGAUAAUUUAUAAAUUUCAGAAAGGAUUAUUCAGCCAAAAUUAAGUGCAGUUUUGGCCUAUAUAGGUUCAAUUGUCUAAGUUAUAUUUCUGUUGAAAUACUUAGCAAUCUUCAUAAAUAACUAGCAGUUUAAAGAAGAGAUGCAAACUGAAAUUCUUCAAAUGUACUAUCCAAAAUUGAAAAAUGUAAAAGUUAAAAGAAAUGCAUUGGGUAAGAUAAUUUCCACAAAUCAGGGUAAUGAAGAUAAUCCAAAUGCAUAAUUUAUAAAAUAAUAUUAAGAUCAUCUUGAUUUAGCCUUUAAGAAGCUACGGCUGAUAAACAUUAUCUAUGAGCUAUCCCGGAUUGAAUUACUACUGGAGAAACAUUUUGGUCUUCAGAAUAUAUGUGAGUGUAGCUAAUUGGGAUCUGAAUUUUAGUUUCUUGGUCAUGAUAAUAAAAAUGAAUCUCCUAAAGCCUCAAUAUUAUCAGUUGGAAAUUAGAGUCCUUAACCCAAAGAGGAUAUCUUUACAUUAUUUAAUAAAAGUUGA